GUUCCAGUUUGACCCAUUACGUAUUUACUGACAAACUACUGUGAAUUUUCGCAGGCUCUCUCCAUUUGCACCCCAAUGCACUAUUUGGAUAGAUAAAACCUCUCGUCGGUGCAGUCUGUCUGAAUUGUUCCCCUUUUCUUUUUUGAAAAAGAAAAAAAUAUUUUGCUAACCAAAUAGGUAGUCUGCCCAUACCGUUUCAACAUUUACUCAAUUCUGUCGAGGGAGAUACUGGUCUUUCUACGAAUUAAGGACCUUUCAAAGAGAGACAAACAUACAUUCUGGGAUAUUAUUCAAAAGAAAAUCACAUAGCGAAGAGAGGAGCGGAGGAUGGCACAGGAUUGCUGCCGAAACGUGUCUUUCUUUAAGUUAUUGGGAUUCUUGAUGUGCUUAAGCUCCGCGUUCGUGCGUGCAGACGGUCGGCUCUUCCUGUUGGAGGCCCGGAAUGGCAGUGGGGAGGCCGACGGAGCUGCAGCAGCGCAGGAAGCAUGCGCACGACACGGGGCUCGUCUGGCCACCGCCUCUGAGCUGCGGCGUGCCGUGGCGGAAUGCUCCUUCGCCACCUGCACCCGCGGCUGGCUGGCUGGACCCGGCAUCGGGGUCACCGUUUGCAGCGAAUUGGGCAGCGGCCAGCAGGCGAUGAAGGCGGUGGAUGUGAAGGUGGAGAAUGUCACAGCAUUCAGCAGCCACAUGGAUGUCUUCUGCAUGAAGGACCGAGGGUGUGGAGACCCGCCCACCUUCGCCCACACCGUGUUGCAGAGCCACACAGGCUUGGAGCUGGGUGAGGAGCUGCUCUACGUCUGCGCCCCGGGCUUCAUCAUGGCAGGCGGGCAGUCGGCCUUCAGCCUGCUGUGCGACAGCUGCGGAGAGUGGUAUGGCCUCGUGCAGCCCUGUGGCAAAGAUAAAGUGGAAACGCAGGUUGACUAUGAGAUCCCUGACGAGGGGCGUGCCUCCUACGAGGAUGUGGCGGGGCGGACGGGGGGCACUCAGGAGACCAGCUUCAGUGAGGGUGACGGGUUGGCGCCAAGAGCGAGCUCGUCAGAGCUUGAGCGGGAGCAUGACGGCAGGCCUGGGGGGGAGAUGUCUGCGGCUGGGCAGCAGGCAGGACGAUGGGAGGAUAGCAACGUGGAAGAUGCCACUGAGAAAACUGGCUACGAGCUCACAGCUGGAACGGACGCCCCGGUCUCCCUGCUCAGCCAGAAGCACCUAUUCUGGUUUCCGUCCGAGACUUUUCAUGAACCAGACCGAACAGGGAUUCCAGGAGUUACAGUGGCACCGGCCUGGGUGGAGGACGAGGAUAAUCACAUCGGCGUUAAGGCAUCCGGCAGUGAGGCAGACAGCGUUAAGGCUCAUGGCCAAAGGGAUGGUGUCCCUCUGAACACAGUCAAACAUACGGGGCCUCAGAAUUACACCCGGGUUGGGGUGCAGGGACCAGGGCCUGAGGCAGACGAAUCCUGGCUAGAUGGCUACCCUGUUACCCAGGAGACCGGAGAGGAGGAGGGGGAAGGUGGGGUUAGGGAUGCAGGAAUUCCCACUACAGAGGCAACAGAAGAAGAUGAGAUUGGGAGAAAGGUGCCAAGCAGGAUCGAGCGCAUGGAGGGCAGCCGGCUUGACCAUGGAAGCCCCGCCCCCUCCUCAGACUCCGCCCACAUCGCCGUGCCUCCGACGCGCCCAGCAGAUUAUGGUGUGAAGCACAUUCCUGUGAGACUGACGCCUCUCUCCAGUCUGGAGUCUGUGCAUGUGGGCCUGCACCCAUCCACGCGGCACAGCAUCGCUGUGCACACGCCCACCACAGCCACCGCUCCUGCUACUACUGAGCUGGACGUCCCAGAUCACCCAGCUGACCAUGGCGAUGGUCGCAAAGUGAAGAUGGCCCCAACGGCCCCCUGGUACAUAACGAAAAGCCUGUACCCCUUUCUCGACCACCUGCCGGGCCCCACCCAGCGGGAAGAAGUUACCGUGCCUUACCAGAAGGUUCCAUCAGGGACUGUUGCUGCUGACGUGAUUGAUGAGUUUCCUGGGACUGGUCUCAAUGGCGAGUCUGUAGAGCGGAAUCUGACUUGGCUGGGGCCUGAAGCUGGGGGCCCCUCAACCGAGGGGCCGUGCCUAGGGGAGGACUGCCCCUUAGCAGGCAGGGGGCCCGUGGUGGCCAUCAUCAUCGUGGCUGCAUGUGCUCUGAUGGUGGCCACAGUGCUGGCAGUCUGGUGCUACAAGAAGAAGCAGCAGAAGAGCUCUGUCUACAAGAUGAACGGGAAGGAGCAGGGCAGGCCUGCACAGCAGAUCGAGAUGCAGCAGAAAGUCUAAGCGCUGCUUCCUGCAGAGACUUUUGAGGAGCUCGACAGUGCUGGUGUUGGUUUGCCUGCUGGUCUGCUAAUCUGUUUGUUUACUUGUUUGUUUACUUGUUUUGGUCUUGAGUGACACGAGAAGCAGAUUCAAAUGGCAGACCAGCUCCUAUAGGAAUCAAACCUAGAUACUCUAUGUCCAGAGAGACCCUUGUGGUAUAGAAAAGUUAAUUCUUUCACUUGUAAGACUAACAGAUUAUAUUUGUGUUGUGUGUUACAUUUUUUUUUUUGUUCUUUUAUAUGUUCCUGUGUUAUUGUUUGACGCUUUUUGCUGUUGCCAAAGUGUUUCCAUAGUUUCAGGCCUGUUGCAUUCCAUGCAAAUUCAGUUCAUGAUCAAAUAUUACUGGCUACAGUUUAAUUGUUUUCACAGCCUGAGAAUCAGUUAGUGCUGUUUAAUGUAACAAUAAUGGUGCAAAUUGUUCACUCAUUGAUUGUACAACCAAUAAGUACUUUAAAAAUCCAAAAUUCAAGAUAUUGGGAAUAUUUAAUAUUCCAGUUGUACUUUAAAGAGCUUGUUUGUGCAGCGUCUGUCUUAUGGACCCCAAAGCCUGCAGAAUACGUCAAUACCUUACAAUAAGGGAGCCCUCUAGUGCAGAAGAUAGUCACCUUUCAGCUCUCAUUUUCUUGUGGAUUUUUGUUAGAUCUGUUUUAGGUUUGAUGUCUGUUAUCAUAAUUAUAAUGCCUUGAAGUCCUCUUUUGAAAUAUAUGUGCGGGAGCCCAAACUUUGUUUCUACGUUUUACAACAUGCAUUUUCUUGUAGGUAUUCUCCUAGGGAUAGGGAGCAGGGGGAGAUGUGGAUUUUAAUUCCGUUAAUUUGUUGGUGUUGACGAAGCUUCGCCUGCCCACCUCCGCUGAGUCGCCAGCUGACACACGAGUGCGGUGCUGACCCAGCAGUGGGGGGGCGGUUCUCACCUAGGUGUGGUGGACAAGUGCUGGCAGGUGGACGAGACAUACCCAGGGCCGUGUGAGCCCAGCGUGGGCCCCCUGGACCUUACAUGCAGGGGGGCAGUUCUGCCCGGGAAUUAAAACAGAAAUAGUAAACUGGUCUGAGAAAAAAAACCACGUUGAAUAGAAUUAACUCAUCAAGGUCUAAUCGAGCUUCAUCCACCUCUAGCUUCAGGAUCAGAAUGUGGAGAACCUGCUAACCGAUCCGUAAGGUUCUGACUAGCAGUCACGACAAUCAACAAUUAAAAUCCAGGUAAAAUGAGCCCUUGAUUUGCUUUAAAGAAAAUGUGAAUUUUUACAAUUAAAACGAAACGGUCAUCAGUAUUUGGUUAUUGGUCUGGGUUGAGGUUUUCGAACUUAAUGAGUUCCCAAUACGGCUGUAUUUGCAGGUCCGUAAGCCUAGACAUUCUCCCUGAAGCUCGGGGUGUUCUGCGGUUCCACAUUCUUCGUUCAUGUGUAAAUCAUUCUGGUCGAUAUCUUUGUUUAUGGAUAGUAAUGCAUUUCAGUUUUUUUGCAAACUUUUGUGAACUUUCAGUCAAAAUUACCACCAGAAUAAACUAAUUUUGUGCUUAGAACAGA